UCAGCAUCUGUUAUGAGCAGAGGAAUGGAAUCAUUCUUAUGGUUCCUCCAAAUUGUUAUGGUUGUUGUUUUGAUACUACUGCAUCAUACUCAUCAAACAUGUGAUGCAAUUAAUAAUAACCAAAUAUAUUGUCCACCUUCUUCAUGUGGCAAAAUCACAAACAUAAAACAUCCGUUUCGGCUUAAGAAUGAUCCAACGUCAUGUGGUGAUCCGAGGUACGAGUUAUCCUGCGAAAACAACAUGACAGUGCUACCUUUGUUUUCGGGUAAAUACUAUGUGAAGUCAAUUGAUUACAAAUUUUACACAAUUCGGUUAGUUGAUCCCGGAAUUCAAGAGGGUAAUUGCUCUUCCGUUCCUCGAUAUUUCUUAACCACAUCCAAUUUCACAAGUUCUUACAAUUAUAGCUAUCGCGGGGAUCCAUACGAAGUUGGUUCCCCGCCUUGGGUGGGGCAUGUACUAUACUUGAACUGUAGCAAGCCAGUGAAGAACGAUCCUAUGUAUGUCGAUACAUCUCCAUGCAUCAAAUGGAAUUCCAAAGGCCAUGUUUAUGCUAUCGCGAAUGAUUUCAACACUGGAAGAUUAAAUGUUGGUUGUCAGGUGAAACUUGUCGCUACGUCUUCAGAUUCUUCUUUGUUUAAGAAUUUUGUAAACAACAUUUCACAACCUUUUUCUUAUGCUGAAAUUCAUGGAAUUCUAAACUAUGGAUUUGAUCUUACUUGGGUGAGACGUGCCUGUGAAGAUUUUUUUGACACUAACCUACAGAACUGUCAGUUCAAUGGAGAAAUUGGAGGGCUUGAAUGUGAACUUGAUUAUUGCAGAACUCCGUUAGGAAAGUUCGUCAAUUGUGAACAUUUGUCAAAGGUGCGCAUAUUCAUGGAAGAUAUUAUACUGGGCAUUGUUAAAGGAUUGCUACAAAUAAAGGGCACGACAAAAAGUUCCGAAUUAACCCAUGGAACCAUUGGAUUACCUAAGAAAAUGUCUGAUUCUAAAGUUGGCAUCGAAUUAGGAAGAGUCACAGGGAGAUAUAUCUUGCCACCAUUUAUAGUGAGAUUUACAUUGGGCCUCAUGGUUUUCUUUGUGCUAUUGGUAUAUACAUGUCGAAGAAGACACAUCUCAAUUUAUGAAAAUAUUGAAGUUUUUCUUCGUGGUAGUACCUUGAUGCCAAUAAGGUAUUCAUACAAAGAUAUAAAGAAGAUGACCGGAAAUUUCAAGGACAAGGUGGGCGAAGGAGGUUUUGGUUCUGUUUAUAGAGGAAGGUUAAGUAGUGGGCCAUUUGUUGCGGUAAAGAUGUUGGGUAAACUUAAAGGUAACGGACAAGAUUUCAUUAGUGAAGUCGCGACCAUAGGAAGAAUACACCAUGCCAAUGUGGUGAGACUUAUUGGAUUUUGUUUUGAGAGAUCAAAACGUGCACUUGUUUAUGAAUUCAUGUCGAACGGAUCUCUAGAUAAAUAUAUUUCCUCUAAAGAGGAUGCUAUUUUCCUAACUUCUAAGAAAAUGUAUGAGAUAUCUCUUGGCGUGGCUCGUGGAAUUGCUUAUUUGCAUCAAGGUUGUGAUAUGCAAAUAUUGCAUUUUGAUAUCAAACCCCAUAACAUCCUUCUUGAUGAGAACUUUAUCCCCAAAGUUUCAGACUUUGGUCUUGCAAAACUUUAUCCUAAUGACAAUAGUAUUGUCACUUUAACAGCAGCACGAGGAACAAUUGGUUACAUGGCUCCUGAAUUGUUCUACAAAAAUAUUGGAGGAGUGUCCUAUAAAGCCGAUGUGUAUAGCUUCGGAAUGCUUUUGAUGGAAAUGGCAAACAAGAGAAGAAAUUUAAAUCCAAAUGCAGAUCGUUCAAGCCAACUUUUCUUUCCUUUUUGGAUUUAUAAUCAAUUGAUUGAAGAAAGGGAGAUACAAAUGGAUGAAAUUUCUGAAGAAGAAAAGAAUAAUGUAAAGAAAAUGUUUAUAAUUGCAUUAUGGUGUAUACAGUUAAAACCAAGUGAUCGUCCUGCAAUGAACAAAGUAAUAGAGAUGCUUGAAGGAAAUAUUGAGGUGAUUGAAAUGCCUUCAAAACCUUCUUUCUAUCCCAAUGAAAUUAUUGAGGAUAUUGAAUCAGAAACUGAUACUGACUCUGACUCUAUUAGUUUUAUUGUGGAAUGUACAUCAAAGCCUCUAUUGAUGAAUUCUUAUACUUUGAUAUUAUUGGUGUGUAUGUUAUGUUCCAUUUCAGCAUCAGUACUCAUGAGAAGAAGGAUGGAAUCAUUUCUAUGCUUCCUUCAAGUGAUGUUUGUUGUACUAAUACUGCAUCAUUAUCAUCAUCAAGUAUGUGAUGCAACUAUUACUAGUAAAAACCAAACAUAUUGUUCACCUUCUUCAUGCGGCAAAAUCACAAACAUAAAACAUCCCUUUCGACUUAAGAAUGACCCAACAGCCUGCGGUGAUCCAAGGUAUGAGUUAUCCUGCGAAAACAACAUGACGGUGUUAACUCUGUUUUCGGGGAAAUACUACGUGAAAUCAAUCAACUACAAAUACUAUACAAUUCGAGUAGUUGAUCCCGGAAUUGAAGACAGGGAUUGCUCCUCCAUUCCUCGGUAUUUCAUAACUACAUCCAAUUUCACAAGUUAUUACAAUUAUCAGUACCACGGGGAUCUGUACGAAGCCCGCAGUCAAUCCAGUUGGCUGGGGCACAUAAUUUACUUGAACUGUAGUAAACCAGUAAAGAAGGAUCCCAUGUAUGUCGAUAUAUCUUCUUGUGUUAAAUGUAAUUCCGAAGGCCAUGUUUAUGCGAUCGCCGGCAACAUCAAGACUGGGAGAUUAAAUGUUGAUUGUCAGGUUAAGCUUGUUGCUAUGUCAUCAGCUCCUGCUUUAAAGGCUCAUAUAAGCACUGGACAAAGUUAUUCUUCCUAUAUGGAAAUUCAUGAAAUGCUAAGCUAUGGAUUUUACAUUUCGUGGACCAGACGUGCUUGCGAAGAUUCUUGUGACAUUAACAAACAGGACUGCUACUUCAAUCAGACUACCAUAGGUCUUGAAUGUGUAUCUGUUGUCGAAUCAGCUUGCACGACUCCAUUGGGAUUUGAAAUCAGAUGUGGAUAUUUGUCAAAGCUGCAGAUAUUCAUCGAAGAUAUUAUACUUGGCAUUGUUAAAGGACAAUCACAAACAACCACCAGGACAAUAAGUUCAGAUUUAUCAACCGAAACCAAUGAUUUAUACUACAAAGAUUAUGAUUCUGAGAUUGGCAUCAAGUUAGGAAGAAUUAUCGGCAGUUAUCUCUUACCACCAUUUAUAGUGAGAUUUACAUUGGGCCUCGUGGUUUUCUGUGUGCUAUUGAUAUAUAGAUGCCGAAGAAGACAUAUUUCAAUUUACAAAAAUAUUGAAGUUUUUCUGCGUGGAAGUACCUUGAUGCCAAUAAGAUAUUCUUACAAAGACAUAAAGAAGAUGACUAGAAGUUUCAAGGACAAGCUAGGAGAAGGAGGCUUUGGCUCUGUUUAUAAAGGAAAGUUAAGUAGUGGACCAUUUGUUGCCAUAAAGAUGUUGGGUAAAUCAAAGGGUAAUGGACAAGAUUUCAUUAAUGAAGUCGCAACUAUAGGCAGAAUACAUCAUGCCAAUGUGGUUAGACUUAUUGGUUUUUUUGUUGAGAAAUCGAAAGGUGCCCUUGUUUAUGAAUUCAUGCCCAACGGUUCUCUUGAUAAAUAUAUUUCUAAUAAAGAGGAUGCUAUCUUUUUAACUUCAAAGAAAAUGUAUGAGAUAUCUCUUGGAGUGGCUCGUGGAAUCGCUUAUUUGCAUCAAGGGUGUGACAUGCAAAUCUUGCAUUUUGAUAUCAAACCCCACAACAUCCUUCUUGACGAGAACUUUAUCCCCAAAGUUUCAGACUUUGGUCUUGCAAAACUCUAUCCAAAUGACAUUAGUAUUGUUACUUUAACUGCAGCUAGAGGAACACUUGGUUACAUGGCUCCUGAGUUGUUCUACAAAAAUAUUGGAGGGGUAUCCUACAAGGCUGACAUGUAUAGUUUUGGUAUGCUUUUAAUGGAAAUUGCAAGACAGAGAAGAAAUUUAAAUCCACAUGCGGAUCAUUCAAGCCAAAAUUUCUUUCCCUCUUUGAUUUAUAAUCUAUUGAUUGAAGAAAGAGAGAUUGAAAUGGAUGAAAUUACUGAUGAGGAAAAAAAUAUUGUGAAGAAAAUGUUCAUAAUUGCGUUAUGGUGUAUCCAAUUAAAACCAAUUGACCGUCCUGCAAUGAACAAAGUAAUAGAGAUGCUUGAAGGAAAUAUUGAGGAUAUUGAAAUGCCUCCAAAGCCUUCUUUUUAUCCAAAUGAAAUGAUUCAAGAAGUCAACUCUAAUGAUAUGGAAUCAGAAACUGAUACUGAUACUGAUUGUGUUAGUAUUAUUGAGGAAGAUACAACAGAGCCUUUAUUGAUGAACUCUGCCUAAAUGAUUUCUAGUUGUUUAUUUUCUUUCACAAAGUACAUUUCUAUUAUAUAUACUGAAGAACAUAAGUAUGUGAUAUUAGUUCAUAAAAAUGUUAUCCCUAUGAAUUGUACUAUUGCAUAAAGACUACAAAAGGCUUCUACGGUAUUCUUAAUCAAGUGGCCUUUCA